AUGGCGAGCGCAGCAGCUGGCGAGCCAGCUGUCGUCGACCUCACCGACCCACCACUGCUGUCCGAGACACCCGAUCCUCUUACCUCGCUCGGCGCCCUCGCCUCCGCUCUCGACUGUUACGACGACGAUGUCCCGGCGUUCCUAAACACCAUCCUCGCGCCGCACCUGGCCCCAGCUCUGCCGUCGGGCCAGAUGGCGCCUGACCUCGGCCCCAUAGACCGGCAGCUAACCGAGUUGCUGACCCGCCUCUCCCUCCUUUCGCAGGACACGUCCAGCGCGCUUGAGCAGAGCAUCCACGACAUCAGCCGCAACGUCCCGCGCCUGACGUACGACCUGCAGUUCAUGCGCGAGAGCGCCGUAUCCCUCCAGUCCUCCCUGCACCUUGUGCAGGACAGAGUAGCGCGGCAGGCAGCGCCGGCGGAGGUGGAGGGCGACGAGGCUCGAACCCACCGCGCCCUGGAACGACUGGGCCACCUCGACAAGCUGAAGACGCGCAUGGAGAGCGCGCGCGAUAUCCUCGCCGAGGCCGAGAGCUGGAGCACGCUCGAGGGCGAGAUCACGAGUCUCGUCGCCGAGAAAAGCUGGACCAAGGCUGGCGAGCGGCUCGCCGAGGCCGCAAAGAGCCUGCGCGUCUUCCAGUCCGCCGAGGGCGAGUACGAGAGCAAGUCUUCCCUGCUUGUGUCGCUGCAGAACGAGCUCGAGACCGCCCUCAGUGCUGCUCUCAAGGACGCUAUCGCUCGCGUUGACACACGCGAGUGUGCAAGCUUCCACGACGUGUUCCGCAUGAUGGACCGCGGCAGCGAGUUCCAGAACUACUACUUUGCCGCACGGCGUGCGCCGAUCUCCAAGGCAUGGGCCGAGGCCGUGCUCUCCGACGCCGACGACCCCUCCUCAGAGGAGGACGGUGUGCUGUUCGCCACUUUCCUACCACGUUUCUACGCUACUGUCCUGACCACAUUGAAUGCUGAGAAGGCGCAGAUUGCAGCCAUCUUCCCCGCGGAGUCGACCGCCAACGUGCUCGGCUCGUUCUUCCAGGCUGCACUCGACGACCUUUCGCCGUCGAUGGAUUCUCGCCUCUCCGCAAUCGCCGAGUACCACGGCGCGCAGGCGCUGCCUGAACUCAUCCGCACCUUCAAGGCGACCGAGGAGUUCGGGCACUCCGUUCAAGGUGUUAUGGACAAGCUGUCGGGUCUCGACCGCCGCGUCUCGCAUGUCAGUGGCAGCCUCUCCCCAGCAGGCCCUGCAUCCCCAGCCGCGCGCUCGCGGCGCGAACCCAGCUUAUCUAGUCCGUCCUUCGCCUCGCCACACCCGCGUCAUAUGAGUGUCUCGCAUCGGUUCUCCCGCACUUUCUCGUUUGCGCCGGAGGUCUCUUCGCCAACGGGAUGGGAGAGCAGCCUCUACGAGCCCUUCCUUGACCUCCAGGUGUCCUAUCCAUCCAUGGAGAAGAAGUACCUCGGUUAUCUGCUUGCGAAUGACCCGCCCCUCAACGGCGAGAUCAGUGAGGAGAAUCCAGCGCGCACCCUUACGAGCCGCGCGACGACGCUCUUCGCCCUGGCCGAGGACGCUGUAGGACGCUGCGUCGCGUUCACGCACGGGUACGGCGCUCUCGGGCUCCUUGAUGCGUUAGCCGGUACCGUUGCGGCUUUCCUGGGCGACAAUAAGGGUAUCAUUGAAUCGGCGCGCGCCGCUGCACGCCGUGGGGCCGGACAUGACACUCUCGACCUCGAGGGGCUCGACUAUUCCCCGCAGGACUGGGGCGCGUUCCAACUGGGGAUGCAUGUCCUCGAGGCGUGCCAGGACGUGCGCGACCGUCUCGAGUCGUUCGAGCGCAGGCUGUAUACCGCGCUAGCUGGCAUCGGCCCGACAUUGGCAGUGACGCCCGCCGACGGUCUUAUGUUCCAGCGAACAGACACGACGCUCGGCGCGAUCACCCUUAUCCAACAGAGCACGCUUAAUAGCGUCGAGCUGCACUCGCUCAUCUCUGGUCUCAGCGGCGACGCCUACCCCCUCCCCGCCGCACACGAGGCGCUCUCGUCAUUUACCAGCUCCGCCCAGGUGUUCCUCCAGAGCAUCAUCCUGCGGCCUCUCCAAAGCCACCUCGACGCGUAUCCCGCUCUUAGCGUAUGGUCGCAGCCUGAGAAGCCCGCGCGGCGCGGCGAGCUCGCCAUCCCGUCUUUCUCUCUCUCGCCGACUGACACCAUCCUCCGGGUGUCGGAGGGCCUGCUCAACCUCCUGCGCGUGUUUGAAGUAUACGCCGCGGACGACGCCCUGGCAUUCUCCAUUGAGACCCUCCCCUUCGUUGACGUCGACUCCCUGCGGGAGCUCCUUGCUCCGAAGGAGGAGGAGCGUCCAUCAAGCGCAGUGGGAAGUGGACAGGCCUCACCCGGACCAACCACUGCCGUCACCUCACUCGCGGCGGCUACAAAGCCGACACUCACGCCCGAGGCGGUCCUCUCGACCUGGGUGUCUUCGCUCGCCCUUUCUCUGCUAUCCAGCCUUACACGCACGACCCUUCCCGCCAUCCGCACACUCACUGCGCCCGGAGCGGCACAACUCACGAGCGACCUUACGUACCUCUCCAACGCGGUAAGAGCGCUCGAUGUCGAGUGGGAGGAUCUGGAGCGGUGGCGCGAGGCGGCCGAGUGCAAGGACGAAGGGGAGUGGCGGAGACGAAGCGAUGGCAAGGGCGCCUGGGUCAACGUCGGGCGGUUGAGGAGUUGGACGGCGUAG